GCUCUCCGCAUGUUGGUAUUGUUGCUCUCCGCACGCGGCUCCCCGGUGCCAAAAUGAGCCGGAGAGGCUGCGCGUGCGAUGGUCCAGUAGAGAAAACGCCAUUUGGAGCAGACGUCCAGCUGUUCGCAGACCUGCGAGUAACACUGCCGCCCCCACUGCCGCCGAGCGAUGCCGCGCACGACUCGUGUUACUGGCCGUACGGCGCGCGAAACGAAGAAGAGUACGACGCGAAAGUAGCGCGCAACGAGCUCCUGCAGAUGGGGCCGUACGAGCGCGCGGCGCUGCGGGAAUGCAUGCCGAGGAUCCGCAGCCUGGACGGCCGCCAGUUUCAGCUGGCCCUGAAGCAGUACGCGAAGACCGAGCGGUUUAGAUACGCGGCCGCAAGGAUGCCGGCCUGGUUCGCCGAAGGGUGCCGGACGGGCGCUUUCGCGCCGUACGUCGCCGGCGAGGAGGCCGCGCGCGCCGCCGCCGCGCCGCCGUCGGCGCCUGCGAGAAGGGCGCCCGCCGCGGCGCCGCCGCGGAGACGACUUCUGCGCGGCGGCGCGCGGCGGCGGCCGCCGCCGCCGGUCCCGGCGGCCGUCGAGCCCGACGAGCCCGACGUCGAGGAGAAGAUCGACGUGAGAAGGCUGACGGCGGCGGACUACAACAAGCCGGGCGCCUCCAUGGCCGAGAAGGACGAGACCCUAAUAGCUUUAUUGGAUGCGUGUCGAAAGGGCGUGUUCGGCGAGGAGCUCCGGGACUGCGACGUGCCGAAGAGCUGCGUGGUGGCGGAGGACUACCCGCUCGGCGUGCACGUGGAUAGACGACGCGGCACCUUCGGCCGCAACGGCGGCGACGCCGCCGACGCGGAACUGCUGGCCGCGGGCUUCGUGCCGGUUAGUGGUCGAAGCAACGUGGCGAGGGUGGACGAGGCGCUCGAGCGGUACAGGCCGGUGCUGCGGGCCGCGGCGAAGCAAGGGCUAAUGUCGACGUCGUCGAAGGAGAUUGCGGACGGCGUCGCCAUGUUGGCACGGUGGGUACGGAGGGCGCGCCCGUCGGACGCCGUCGGGAGGGCCUACCUCGAUCUCGCCGUGGAGCUGAGCGCUGAUGCGGAGCCGAAGAACAUUCCGUCUUACAACGGCAAACAGUACUGGGCGUACCGCAUCGGGGCCGAGGCGAGCGCCGUGCUGGCGCGUGCGAACGCGGAGGAGGACGACGACGACGAGGACGAUGAGGACGCGCCGCUGCCCGCGAAGCGGCCGAGAAAGAAGGUCACCUACGCAAGCGACGACGAGGACCAGGACGAAGGGGUGGCCUUCGUUGCUCAGGAGGACGACGGCUGCGACUCGGCUGACGAGGACGUAUUUGACGACGAGGAGGACGACAACGACGCGCCCGCGGCUCAGCAAGGGACUGACGGGCCCGACGAGUCCGACGACAAGAAGAUCGACGUGAGAAGGCUGACGGCGGCGGACUACAACAAGCCGGGCGCCUCCAUGGCCGAGAAGGACGAGACCCUAAUAGCUUUAUUGGAUGCGUGUCGAAAGGGCGUGUUCGGCGAGGAGCUCAAGGACUGCGACGUGCCGCAGAGCUGCGUAGUGGCGGAGGGCUACCCGCUCGGCGUGCACAUGAAUAGACGACGUGACACCUUCGGCCGCGGCGACAACGACGCAGCCGACGCGAAACUGCUGGCAGCGGGCUUCGUGCCGGUUAGCGCGAGAAGCACUGUGGCGAGGGUGGACGAGACGUUCCUGCGGGUCGCGCCGGUGCUGCGGAACGCGGCGAAGUGCGAGCUCGGGACGACGUCAUCGGCGGAGAUUCAGAACGCCGUCGCCACGUUGACAACGUGGGUACGGAAGGCGCGCACGUCGGACGCCGUCGGGAAGGCCUACCUCAAGCUCGCAGUGGAGCUGGGCGGCCUGGCGCCGAAGAAUGCGAGGGGCGGCCCGUGGGGCACCGGCGUUUACUGGGCGCACCGCCUCGCGAAGCAGGCGCGCGCCGUGCUCGCGGGCGACGCGCCGCCGCCGCGGACGAAGAAGAAGGCUGCUGCUCCCAAGAAGCGGGCUUCGUCGCCGCCGCGCCUGCCGCCCAAGAAGCGCGCGAAGCCGGUCAAGAAGCGGUCGGGGCGGCGCUAG